ACGCAGAGAAGAUACGCUUAUUGUUUACUAAAAACACCAAUACGUUGGAUAAAAUGUCCUUUAAUGCCGCCGGUGAUUAUCAGCUUGUGAUGCAAACCUAUAAGUACAAAAAGCACAACAUCAUCUGCAGCACGAAAGUGCUGCCGAGCCAGAUAAACCACUUUGGCAAGAAAUUAUGUGACUAUCACUGGAUGACGCCUGCCCGCUGGACCAAUGUUGAGAGCGGCUUGUGGGACCUGCUGGAGAAGGAGCAGGACGUUCAAAAUGUGCAUGCCGACCUCCUCAUUGACCACAUCAAAGUGCGAGUGGAUUCCACCGAAUACCGGCACUCAGCUUCCCAGCUACUCUUACCAGGGGUUAUACUCUCGAAAAGUGACCUGUCUCUUAGUGUAAAGCUCGAAUAUAUACCGCAAGAAGAUACUAAAAAUAUGAGAAAGGCUAUCGACAGUUCCAUCAAACGCGAAGUCGUUGCAUCAAAAGCCAGCGACCUUGAAGCGAAAGCUAAGAAAGUGCACAAAGAUAAUAAGUCCAGCCACGGUCACGGUUCUCGCGAAAAUAAAACAACCAAACGGAUGCACAAGAUACUUUCAGUUGAUAAACAGAAAGAACCCGCUCCGGAGACGCUCAAGGCGCGGAGCCCUCGGAGAUCCAUUUCACAAGAUUCUGAGAAAGAUAAACCCUCUAAGCCAGUUAAAAGAACGCAAAGUUCUCUUUCAAUAGACCAACAGAUAGAACCUGCUUCGGAGACGGAAAAGGACAAGUCCAUUACUCCGGUUGAAAAUUUGCCUGCAAAGAAGCUGAGCUCUCGGAGAUCCAUAUCACAAGAAUCUGAGAGAUCUAAAACCUCUAACAGAGGUGGCUCUUCGCUUGAAAAGAAGCCAAUUAAACGAACGCAAAGUUCCCUUUCAAUUGACCAAGAGGUAGAACGCGGUCAGGAGAAGCGCAAGGGUCGAAGAUCCGUUUCACAACAUUCUGGGAAAGAAAAAGCCUCUAACAGCGGUCGCUCUUCACGUGAAAAGAAGCCCAGCAAACGGACGCAUAUAGAAUCGCAGAAUUCCAGCCCCAGCUCUGUGGGGCCGAGUCCCCCAGGACGCCCCCGCCGCUCACUAACGCGUCCAAGUCAUUUGGAUGACUUCAUCGUAGGAAGGAAGACAAAGACUGAAAAAAUCGUCUCGCCAGAGAAAGUGAUUUCCAAUGGGAAGGGGAAAGAUUCGUCGCCAUCAAAACCCGAUCCCAUGGAGGCGGUCGCUGCGCUAGGACUUGGUCCAUGUCCGCGCAAGGUGGAUAUUCUAUUAAUGGAUAAAAUGGAGAAAGAAGAGGUUUUGAAUACAUUCUCCAAGUACCAAAGCGACCUGAAUCAAUUUUUUACGGAACAUCGGCAAAAGAGAACAGAUAAAUUUAUGGGCAUUCAGCAUGUACACGUCAUAGAUAUAAUGCGCAGAGACGUUGAAGUCAGCAUGCUCGAGAAACUGGGCACAGUGUUUGGCAACCGUUCAGCAUAUGCAUCGCUACAGAUCAAUGCUCUCCUGCCAUUGUGGAUUGUGCGUCUCUUUAUGGACACAUUCAAUUUUGCUACCGCUGAGGAGGCAGUGCAACAGAUCAAGGACCAAUUGGAAUACAGCACAUACCAGAAAGCCGUAAAUGAAGAGCCUCUGGAAUCGGAUUUGGAGUACUGAUUAAAACACACUCUUUGUUUGUAUUCUUUAUUGUGUUGGAAUCCUGUUUUGUUUCUUAUUUCGCAUGCAUGCAUUCUUAUUCGGUUUCAUCAAAAUUAAACUUUUACUUCAUCCGGCCGAA